AGCAUCGCGCCUCUAGUAUCCCUCCGGCCGCCGGGGGGUGAAUCUACUCGAUUUCUCUCAGGAUGCACGUCAACCGAUUUCUCGUAUCCUUGGUCCUGUGUGGCCUGUCCUGGACCCUUAUGCUGGUUCGGGCCUCUGGCAUCAAUACAGAAGGGCAAGGGAGUUCGGCCGCGAGACUAGACUCUAAGGGCGGCACCGUCCAGGACAAGGACCGCAUUUGGAACGACACUGACGUCUUGAUUUUCACGCCUCCGCACCGUGUUGACGUGCAAGAGAACGAAGACGUAGUCGUACAGCUGACGUUCACGACACCCAGAAAUCGUACGGUGUCCCUGGCGAGCGCCGACACAAGUGUGGCCACAGUCGACCUAUCGAAAGUGUACCUGAACUCUGAGGUCAAUGGCACUGGCUUCAACUUCACCGUUCACGGGGUCUUCGUCAGCUACACAAAGGUCUUCGUUCAGACGUGCCUGCUGGAGAACGAAGUCGAGGCAAACUGCACGGAGAGCAGUUACCUGGUGGCCGUCUUGCGCAGCCCCACGGUGCUUCAGCAGUCGUUCCCGUACCUGAUCGGAAUCAUUGUGUCUAUUAACUACAUCAGCAUGGGAUGCCAGAUAGACGUGAGCCUCAUCAUCACCACGCUCAAAAAGCCACUGGCCCCGCUGCUUGGAAUCGCCUGCCAGUUCCUCUUCAUGCCACUGGUUUCCUAUGGCAUCGGCCUGCUCUUGCUGGAGAAUGCCCUGAUGCGGUUCGGCAUCUUCAUGCUCGGCUGCUCGCCCGGUGGGAACUCUAGCAACCUCUGGACCCUCAUAUUCAACGGCGACGUCGCACUCAGCGUCACCAUGACAUUCGUUAGCACCAUCGCCAGCAUCGGAAUGAUGCCUCUGUGGGUGUUCCUGCUGGGGCGGCACAUGUCUCCGGAGACUGGCGUGCUCAGUGUACCAUUCACGAACAUCAUUUCCAGCCUCAUCGGCCUCGCAAUACCCUUGGCCAUCGGCAUGGCCAUCUACAAGCUAAAGCCUACGUGGGCCUUGGCACUGACUAAAUACGUCAAGCCCGUCACCAUCAUCGUGCUCAUAGCCAUUCUUGUCUUGAGCGUCACUGUGAACCAGUACAUUUUCUUGCUGAUGACGUGGCAGGCGCUUCUGUGCGGCGCCCUCGUUUCCUGGAGCGCCUACGUGUUUGGCGCGCUGGCCGCUUUCGUGGGUCGCCUGAACCGGGCUCAGAUCAUCGCCGUGGCCAUUGAGAUCGCCUUUCAGAACAGCGGCAUCGCCAUGGUCGUCCUGUACACGUCGCUUCCACUUCCGGACGCCGACCUCGUCAUCGUGCCAGUCGUCUGCCAGACGAUCCUGCAGGGCGUGCCGCUGUAUGUGCUGUACAUUGCUAAGCGGAUCAAGUCGUGCGUAUCCAAGCGCCUACACCCGGACGAGAAGCCGGUUCCGGAAUCCAUUUCCUCCGAACCGGAACUGGAGAGUGGCCUGUGUCCGGCGAAGGCUGCAUGCGAAGAAGCCCGGGCGUGCGUGUUGCCCAGCAAGGACGCCCUGGAACUCAGGGACGUGGUCAACGAUGGCGACGUGAAGAAAUCUCGACUGUGAUGCACGAAAGAGACUUGUCUGGUACCUUAGUGGCUCCAUUCGAUCAGCCAGUGGAAAUCCAUCGCACAGUUCCGUGUGCUUUCGCUUGUGCGUGGACGCGGUGUGUUGUUUCCGAAGCUGCCUUUACAGUGUAAUAUAUGCAUUCUCAUUUCUAACGUGUUCGCUGUAUGCUCGGGUUUGUGUAUGCGUGAAAUUACCAGCGAAGACCUGGUCGAGCGACGUGUUUAACUUUAUACUCUUCUAUGAGGUCUACAGUAAGCUGAUGAAUAUGCAGGUUUAUACGUAGACGUUUUAUGUGAUGGCUGUCACAAUUUUUUAAAGACCUUAAAUGUUUAUACGUACUUUUUGGAUGGUUCACCUUCUUUUUAAACUGUUUUUAAGGACGUGUAGCUUUGUUCAAACGUAAGCAAGGCAACGGAAGUGCACAUCUUUUCAGGUAAAGGGCGAAUCGAGAAACGCCUGCUAACCGCUUGCAGUAAAGUCGACGAUACCAGUGAAUAUAAUAGAUAAUUUAUUUUUAUAUAAACAAUGACUUUUUAUUGCUUUACCACUGUUUGUGACUGCGCAUACGCUUCGACUGUGGUGAAGAGCGUCCCUGUAAACUAUUUUCGCAAUGUGUGUGCCUCAUGUAUUGUGCGUGUUUGAUUUAUUUGCAGAGUACUAUGGUCAUUGCACUGUGGGCCGUGUUAGGCUACAAGAGUUGCUGAUGCGUUUUGUGCUCCGUUCCAGCAUAACGUUUGCUAAAGUACCUAAUUAAAGUUU